AAUAUUGUUCAAUAAAUGGAUAAACUAAUGGUCAGCACAAAGUAGGCGGCAGAAAUUAAACCGCUGCCACGUGUCCGGAUAAAUUUCAAGUUGGCAACCUGAACUUACAAUGAGGAAUAAGCGAGCAACUGAAGCCGAAACAGCCGUAAUAACAGAAAACAUGUGCAAAUGCAACGUAAACAACUUGCUGGCAAGUUGUACGAUUCCGUUUACGGUGCUGCUCGUGGCCAUAAGCUGCUUGCUGCCAGUGGCUCUGGCGGAGCCUUUGAAAGUUAUUUAUGCUGUGAAUGCGGGCGGUGAUGAGCAUACGGAUCAGAACGGCAUACACUACGAGGCGGAUCCGCUAAACGUAGGCAUUUCGUCAGACUAUGGCAAACAUUUGCUUAUGAUUGGCCGCGUGCCGGAGCAGGACGAAGUGCUCUAUCGUACGGAGCGCUAUCAUACCACCACCUUUGGCUACGACUUUCCCGCCGAUGGCGAUGGCGACUAUGCACUUAUUAUGAAGUUCUGCGAGGUUUACUUCGAUGCGCCCAAUCGCAAAGUGUUCGAUGUGCUGCUCAAUCGGAAGCACACGGUCAUCAAACAGCUGGACAUCUAUAACCAAGUGGGACGUGGCUCGGCGCACGAUGAGAUCGUAUACUUUAAGAUCAUCAACGGUCGCAUGCACUACGAGUAUGAGGGUGAAAUCGAGACGUCGGACGUGCGCAAUGGUCGGCUGCGCUUGGACUUCAUCAAGGGCGCACUCGAUAAUCCGAAGAUCAAUGCAUUUGCGCUGCUCAAGGGCGAUGUCUCCCAGCUGCCGCGCCUGCACAACACGGAGGCCAGCGAGCGACGUGCCGAGCCGGAGGACGAGGACAAGCCUCGCGCAGCGCGUCCGCGGGAUAAUCAGCAGCAUCAGGAGCGCAUUGUGCGGUACAAUGAGCGACCGGCGCAGCGGGGCUACGAGGAGGACGAGGAUGAGGAUGACUAUGAUCUGGAGGAGGGUGAACUACAGCCAGAUAUGCCGCAACGCCAACAGCAACAACAACAGCAGCAGCAACAACAGCAGCAGCAACCUCAACAGCAGCAGCAACAACAACAGCAGCAGCAAUCGACACUAGGAUCGAAGCGAACGCGCAGUGGUCCACGUCAGCCGAAUCCCUAUUCGAUGGAUGACUCCUCCAUACUGAUGCCCGUUUUUAUAGCCAUAGGGGCGUUCAUACCGCUGCUAUUUUGCCUGUGCAAGCUCUGAUCCCCAUGGGAUCAAUUCGUGUUGAUUUUUUGUGAUUUUUAUAAAAGACUUAAUUAUAUAAUUAUCGUUUAGUUUUUAGCGACAAAAUGUAAAAGGUUUUAUGUUUCUUUCCACCAUUUGCCAACGCACAAAUCUCUCUUACUUUAUAUAUAGAUAUAUGAAUAUUUAUUUAUAUA